GUCCAUGUUUAAGUACUUUGUUUUAAUCUGUAACCUUUGGUUUUACCGAGUUUAAAUUGACAGAUAAGAUCGUGUUUAUUUAUAUCACCUGUAUUUUACAUACAAUGAGUCACCAACGUGUAGAUUCACUGGAAAUUUUGAACGGAAUUAAGAAAUGAAGAAAAGGACUGAUGGAUCUAUGGAGUUUAUUUCUGUUGGUAUUUAUGACAGUCUGUGACUUUUUUCUUCUGGUCAGAGCAGACUUGAUAAGCACACCCAGCACUUGUCGACAAGAUUCAAAUAAAGCAGAUCGCUCUACAUGGGAAGCAUGGAAUCUAGUUAUUUAUAUCCUUAUAGGAGCGGUUAUAUUUUUUGCAUUCUGUUGCUGCAUUUGCGCACAUUUCGUUAACUGGAAGAGAAACCGGAAACAAGCAUCGGAGAGUAACACCACACCAACCAUGUGGAGCACCGAGUCAAGCGCCGGAAGUCACUAUUACAAUGCUCAUGUAAACCUGGGUUUUUCAUCUUCAGAUACAGAUAACAGCAGCACUGUCCCUUCUGCACCAUUAUAUACCGGAUAUGAUUUGCCACCUUCUUACGAAUCUGUUAUGGAACAAACAAAUAGAAUAAAGGACCAUUAGACACAAAUUUUAAAUUUAGAUUUAAACAUUUAUGAAGAUUUGUGCAGAUAAAUUUGUAUCUAAAUAUAUUUUUACGUACUCAUAAGCAUGAUAAUAUUCUUUUAUUUUUGUUCUGUUAUAUCAAUAAAUAUAUUACUUGUGUUGCAUAUUCUCAACUACGUUUUUCUAAAUAUAUUGAAGUAACAUUUCAACUUGGGUUCAUCUUUAGAGUCAAGUUAAUACACAAAGUAUCAUUUGAGCAAAAAUAGGCCUUAAGACAUUUCUGUGAUGUCAUGCAUUCGUUCUUGCGGUCCAAAAGUUUAAUAUCUGUAGCAAGUCUGAUAAUAAUAAUUAUUAGUCCACUAUAUUGUAACGUGUAACCUAAGAGUUCGUUUUCAAAGGGAAAAGGGUCUUAAUUUGGACAAGUAUAAAUAAAAUUUUCCUCUGGCUCUACUUGAGUCUAUGAUUAAUACUUGGAAUUAAUAUUAUUUGCAAUGAUUAUUGUUGAUUUACUGCGUUACUUGUCCCGUGUUCUAAUUUUUUACAGCGGUGACACAAACUGAGGUUCUUUCUUACUGGGUUAAAUGUAGAGCUGGCUGGGCACUGGCACUGAGUUCCACAACCAAGUUCUAAGACUACUCGGUGUCUCACCCUUAUUCAGGAGUACUGCACCUCGUAUCUCCCAACCCCCUGGUUUACUUUUCACUUGUGCUACUACUUCCACCCUAGUCUUUCAAACUUUUCUCACAAUGGUCACUUCAAUAAUUACCUUCUCUUCUUCUUUAGAAACUUCCAAUCAAUAUAGACGUCUAACUUCAUAAUGACAAAUACUGCCUCUGCAGCCUUUUAUAUGGAAAAGGGCUAUACCAUCCAACCAGGUGUGAACAGGCUCCUGGACUAUACCAUUAGUCAUAGUCACCUCUUUGGAAGGUAUAGGCCCAUUGUAUUACUCAUUACAAUAUUAUUUUUUGCAUAACUCCUUGUCAUUUUCAUGAUAUUAUGUGUUAUUAUGUGUUAUUCUUAAU